AUGCCUCAAGUCCUCAUCACCGCGGGCCCCUACCGAUUCCUGGCGUCCUUCGAGGCCGCCGCCCCCAAAACCGUCGCCCUCUUCCGCAGUCUCCUGCCCUAUCGCCAGAAACUCAUCCACGUCCGCUGGAGUGGCGAGGGGUUGUGGAUCCCCCUCGGCGAGACGAAGGAGUUCGAGGUCCCCUGGGAGAAUCACACGUCGCACCCUGGCGCCGGCCAGAUCCUGCUGUAUCCUGGGGGCAUAUCGGAGACGGAGAUCCUGUUUUGUUAUGGAGGGGUGUCGUUUGCGAGCAAGAUGGGCUCGUUGGCCGCGAAUCAUUUCUUGACGAUUACGGCGGGGCGGGAGAAUUUACGGGAUCUGGGGGAGUUGGUCUUGUGGACGGGGGCACAGGAUGUGCUUUUUGAGGAGGCGACCGAGGAGAUGAUCCACCAAUUCCGGGCGACCACUCGAGCUAAGCUCUAGGUCUCGAUGUUUACGUUCCAGAACUCCCCCGGGUCGAGCAGCGGGCCUGGCCAUUCGAACCCGGCUUCGUUCAUCAGAUCCAGCACCGAUUGCAGCGCCACUUCGUCGACGGCGGGCCCUUGGUCGGUUGGUGGUGCCAGCACCAGUGC